AUGGCAGAUAAUACAGCACCCAGGCUCCGGAAACGUAAGCUCAGCGAGGAGGAUGACUGUAGCUCUCCUCGCUCCCCAACCCGCCGGCGUCUGACAUCUAAAUCCGCAGAACCCGCCAAGUCCCCAAAGUCUCCAGAACGGCCAAAAUCCCCUCUCCCUUAUCCCAUUCCAGAUGACAGCAGCAUAUCUAGUGGUGGAAAGACACCCUCUCAGCCUUGGGACGAUUUAUUUCCUAACAAACCCCCGGUGUCGGACGAUCAAGUCAACGAGUAUUACCGAAAGGGAGCUUUAUACGAAGUAUGGAUUGCUGACCCAACUCGAGAUGGAUGUCCAUGUAGACAAUCAGAACUUACAUUGUAUGAAUUACUCAACCACAGCGACAAGAAAAAGAGAUUUACUUGUCCGGAGAACCAAUUCAAUGUCCCGCCCAAACCCAUCCACGAGGAUUUGCAACAAGUAGGGCACCCAGUAGAAUAUAAAACGUACCGGUACACAAAGCUGACACGCUACGAUCUUGACAAGGAUGGCUGCAAAAGGCAAACUGAGUAUUCACAUUCCAUCAGAGAAGGCGUUAUAAUAGGUGAAGAUAUUAACAGAUUCGGGGGGCCGAAUUGGUCGGAUAUCGCCCUCGCCCAAUAUAAGUUUGACCACCCCAUCGAUACCCUCAAACAUCUUUAUUUUACUUAUGUGCAGAACGACGAGACCCUGCCCUAUAUGGAAGAAAUCCUCUACCCCAGACAUCACGUGCGGUGGCCCUUUGUUGAUCGACCCCAGAAUCAGGUAUGGGAGUAUGGUACUAGGGAAUAUCGAGAGAUCCUAGGUACGAAGCUAGGGAAAUCAGCGGCAUGUCUUGUUAUUGGGGCUUGGGAGAGAGGUACCCAUCGCAUUGCUAGAGUUCACACUCUCGGUCGUGCGGGCUCUAUACACCUACGAUUUGAUAUUGAGCCGAUCCCUAUAUCUGGAACUGCUUAG